UCCGGAAGGAGCUAUUGAAAAUGGUGUUUCUUCUGCCAAAUCUGUCUCCCUUUCUGCUCGUUCAAACCAAAUCAAAGGAAAAGCUCAUUUGCUAUACUUCUCUACCAAAACCCACUCCUUCCCCUCCUCUCCUCUCUUGCUCUCCUCUCACCAAGCUCGAAACCCCACCCCUUCAGCGUACCAAGGAUAACGACCUCCCCAGUGCACAGGAUAAGCAGAAGAAUGAUUUCUACGUCAAUCUCGGCCUUGCCGUGCGGACCCUCAGAGAAGACUUGCCUUUUAUCUUCUCAAGAGACCUUAAUUACGGCAUUUACAGAGAUGAUAUAACGUUCACUGACCCAUUGAACACCUUCACUGGAAUUGAGAACUACAAAUUGAUCUCCUGGGCCUUGCGUUUCCAUAGCCGAAUUCUGUUUCGGGAGAUAGUACUUGAGGUUUUUAGGGUAUGGCAGCCUUCUGAGAAUGUUAUAUUGAUCAGAUGGAACUUGAAGGGUGUUCCCAGGGUUCCAUGGGAGGCAAAGGGGCAAUUUCAGGGGACUUCGAGGUAUAAAUUGGACAGGGAUGGGAAAAUUUACGAACACAAAGUCGACAAUUUGGCGUUUAAUUUCCCACAGCCAUUGAGACCAGCUGCGUCUGUGUUGGAUUUUGUUGCUGCCUGCCCGGCUAGCCCCAACCCGACAUUCUUAUGGGGGCCAACAGAAGCAUACACGUCUUCGUGGUUGGAGUUUUAUCGAGCAGUAAGGGAGACCUUGUAUAGUGAAGGACAUUUGCUUAUGCAAGAUGGGUUGGUUAUUUGUUCAUAACAGCAGGCAUUUGAGGAAUUUGCUCAUCCACAGAUCGUUCUAUACUCAUUAUCCAGUUUUAUGUAUCUGUUUCAAAGCUCAAACAUCGCGUAUCAUAUGCUCAUAUACAGCUCAUUAGUAGUUUAGGUACCAGACUAAUGUACAUAAGCAGGGAUGUUGGAGCAUUCAUGUUCUUGUAUUGUGGGUAGAUGCAAGAAGUGGGUGCAUGUUUAGUGAGUGUUUACAGUUCAAAUGUGUAUUGAUAGGCAUCUUUUGUUAGCACUCCUUCUAAAGCUUUUUUUCUCCACUUCACUUUGUUCAAGUCAUAUAUGAUGUAAAACUUAAAAAUGGGAUUCGUCAUGAUUUUACAUUUCUACUCAGCUUUCAUUAGAGAGGUGAAAGGGAUGCUACUUUUGGAUUUUAAUAUUCAAGUUGAAUAAGAAAAUCAUAGAUUUUCCAGGACU